CUUCUCCUCUGCGGCCUGAGAAUAUCUCUGAAGAUGGUCCGCUACUCGCUCGACCCCGAGAACCCGACUAAGUCAUGCAAGGCCAGGGGUUCCAACCUGCGUGUUCACUUCAAGAACACCCGUGAGACUGCACAGGCUAUUAAAGGCAUGCACAUCCGCAAGGCCACCAAAUACCUGAAGGACGUCAUUGUACAGCGUCAGUGCGUCCCUUUCCGCCGCUACAACGGUGGAGUUGGCAGGUGUGCCCAGGCCAAGCAGUUUGACUGGACACAGGGCCGUUGGCCCAAGAAAAGCGCCGAGUUCCUCCUUCACAUGCUGAAGAAUGCCGAGAGCAACGCUGAGCUUAAGGGUCUGGAUGUGGAUUCUCUGGUGAUCGAGCACAUCCAGGUGAACAAGGCCCCAAAGAUGCGCAGACGCACCUACCGCGCCCACGGUCGCAUCAACCCCUACAUGAGCUCCCCGUGCCACAUCGAAAUGAUCCUCACCGAGAAGGAACAGAUCGUUCCCAAACCGGAGGAGGAGGUCGCUCAGAAGAAAAAGGUUUCCCAGAAGAAGCUCAAGAAGCAGAAACUUAUGGCUCGGGAGUAAAUGUAAAUAAAAAUCGGUGAUUCGUACUAAC